CCCCUCUCGCCCCUCAAUCAUUCACCCUCAUCGUCAUCGUCAUCGUCACCAUAGCCCAGCAGCAACGCAGCCAUCAGACCCUCACUGACCUCUUUGCCCCUCCCCACUGCCGCCGCGGCUGUGUCGCUGCCGUCGUCCCGAUGGACCCUCUUGAUGUCUCCUUCUGGCUGUUGCUCUGCCUCUGCCUCUCUCCCUGCGACAGUUGUGUCGGUGUGCUUGCGCUUUAUCCGAAUGAGCGGCUGCUGGUGAGAGAGGGGGAGGGGGGCCGCUGGUGGCGAUGCUGACGCGGCUGAUGCUGAGGGAGGCGGGGGCAAGAGAUCGUCUUGCUUGCUGCACACACACACACACACUCAGGUGUGCAGAGGUCGGCGGUGGGGUGGGUGUGUCUGUGUACUUUGCUGCGAUUUCUCUGAGCAGUGAGGCGCCCACGGGCUCACUCAGCUCAGCGUUGGCGCGCUCCCUGCACACACACCGUCACACGAACACCACACACACAUGAGUGGCUUGACUGCAUGUGUGUGUUUCGUUGGCUUACAUAUGGAACGCCCUGGUGUCUUUGGCGCGCUGGUCCAUCCUGCGCAGCCUCCGGUCGACCCCUUUAACACACAGACACGCACACACACACAUGUGUGACGCAGACAGACAGACAGACAGCCUCACUGGGUAGGGUUCUUGGGGCAGUUGAUCGGUCUGUGUCCCAUUUGGCCGCACCACCGACACACAAACUGCACAGACAGACACAUAAGACAACACAACACACCAUAAGACACAUCUCUGUGUGACCCCCGAUGGAUGACUCUUCAUUCCCCACCUUGGGGCAUGCCCUCGCGAGGUGUCCUCUCCGGCCGCAGCGCUUGCAGAACAGAUUAGGGUCGGCGUGGCAUUCGGCCUCCUUGUGGCCGCUCUUGCCGCACCGCCCACAGACAUUGACGCGACACUCCUGCCGCCGGUGACCAGGCCUGCCGCACUCUGUCGUCAACCAACGAGCCAAUGACAGACAGACAGACAGACACAGUGAAUGUGGUGUGGCGGAUUGCAGUGGGCUGAGCUGUGUGGGUGUUGCGGCUUACUGUCACAGACGAUGGUACGCCGGGACUCCUCGGUGUGGUGGCCAGUGCCACCUGCACACACACACACACACAUCAAGGACAGACACACAGGCAUUCACACAAAAAGGACAACCAGAGGAUGGUGCCCCACAUGCAUGCAUCGUAUCUCUCACCGAAAUGGAAGCAUCGCAUCGCAGACGAUUCCCGAAACAUUAGAUCACAAACUCAACACGAUAUACGGUCAGCCAGCCGAAUGAUUUGGGACAGACAUUAGGGUACGCUCGUGUCUCUGUCUGUCUGUCUGCGGGGGCAAAUGAAUAUGCGUGCAGUUCGAUGCAGUGCUGCAUAUCGUGUUUCCAGUGGUGUGCAGUGUACGUCAAGUCCAACGCAUAUGUCGAGUGCGUCAUCAGCUACGUGUGUCAUGCGUGGGUCUGUACAUACACACACGGGCACAGGGGGCGGGGCGUAUGUAUUGUGUAUGUUUGUGAAAACAACGUAAGUAACAGUCUCCCAUCCAUAUAUGAUCCCUCCAUCCAACAAGGCAACAAACACAACACUAUGCAAUUAGUAACGACCGCAUCUCUCCCCCUCCCACUGGUCGGCCAAUCUCAGUCAGUGUCAGUCAGUCAGAGUGCAAUGAGUGUCCACUGCGACCGCGGCCUUCGAUUGAAGCGGCGGCCAGCAAGUGGAA